AUGGGUCCUCCAGUUUUCGGUUUGGCCGGGUUUGAGGAGUUCGGAGAAGAUGUGGACAGGCAGAGUAUUGCUGAGUUCGUCUACGACACGACGGCCGGAAAAGGAAAGGAGACGGACGAAAGUGACCAGUUCAAGGCCAUCCAGGAGGUCAUACUGACCAUCACCAAGCAGGACUUCACUCGCCUUCGUGGCCUUGCGCAGAAGCUGGUCAGGUAUGACCGCUUCCCAGCGGAGGAUCAGAAAGCCAAAGCGAAGAAGGGUCCGCAGAUGGAGAUGGAGUAUGAGUUUGGAUCAGAGCUUGAUUUCGUCUACCCGUUGGAGGCGGACUCCACAGCGGCCUGGCGGCUCACACCCGAGGAGCCUGAGAAGGAGCCAAUCGAGCAGCUCUUCUUCCACCAGGCCAAGGCAUUGAUUCGAGGAGGAGCUUCCUCAGCUCCGCCGAAAGCCAAACCUAGCAAAGUCGAGCGCCGAAAGGAGCUCCUUUGGUUCCGAGGCGCCUGUGAAGAGCACUUGGCCAGACAGGGGCAAGCAGGAAGUUCCUCCAGCGCCGGCGGUGGCGGCGGCACAUCAAUGACGGUGGAGGAGCUGAUGGGCCAGCUUCUGGAAACGUUAGACAAGGGAGAGGAUGCCGAUCAGGGUGCUCUCAUCGAUCUUCUCGGCUUCGAGGCCUUCGAGUUUGUCGGGCAUUUGAUCGACCGGCGCCAGAGCAUCCUCGAGGACUGGCUCGAGCUGAAGAGGCAAGCCUCCGACAUCAUUACGAAGCAGGGACAAUCCGCUGCGGCGAAGCCGCAGCAGCGUGGAGCGAGCUUCGGUCCUCGCAUCUCGGUCAUGUCCGAGAGCGAGAAGAAGAACGCCAAGAUGAACAAGAAGGCUGCCAUCCGCGAAAACAAACCCAGCUCUGAGAAUGCUCACUCCGCCGCCUUACAGUUACUGGCAUCCUUGAGUGCGGAUCCGGAGGAAAUCGAUGAGCUGGAGAUCAAGAAGCCUCUGGUGGCCGCAAAAUCCUCGAGUGAGAACAAGAGCAAGAACAUCCAUCAAUCCAACUUGGCUGGGAUGGGUCUCAAGCUCGUUCUCCCCGAGGGCACCGAGAGGAAGCACUUCAAAGGCUACGAGCGUGUGGAUGUGCCAGCGGCACCACCCUUCGACCCGGAGGUUGCUAAAGUGAACUACGUGCAGAUCAAGGAAUUGCCACAGUGGGCGCAAAUCGCGUUCAAAGGCACCGAGAAGCUGAACACGAUCCAGUCGAUUGUGUUCAAUGCAGCCUUUGGCCGCUCGCAGAACUUGCUGAUCUGUGCCCCCACAGGCGCCGGCAAGACCAACAUCGCCGUGCUCACCAUCUUGCGCCUCAUCGGCCAGCACAUGGACGCUGCAGGUGGCAUCGGCCGCGACUUCAAGGUCGUCUACAUGGCACCCAUGAAAGCUUUGGUCGGGGAAGUGUCUGAGAAGUUUCAGCAGCGUCCCGGCCUCGACCGGAGUUCCUUUCAAGGGAAUGUCAACCCGUACCAGCGCACGAAUCAUACGACACGGAAAAGCAUCCUUGCAGAAACGUUCGUCGCAUUGCAGAGAGGAGCCGUGCCGAAGUUCCGGCGUGAAAAACUCGCCGUCGCCCUCUACACAGUUGCCCGGGUCAUCGCCAACUUGACUGUUGGGUUUCUCAUUUUUAGACACGAAUUCAGUGCUGGACACGGCGACACACUCGACGCAAUCAUAGCAAUGAUUUGCGACGGCCUCGUGAGGCCUGUGGUUACUGGGCUUGGGGUAUUUAUGUUGUUUCAUCGGCCACUGCGAUUGUCGGACACGUCGCAACUACAUCUUUGGACCCGACGGGCCCUCUAUUGCCUCGCCUCCUGCCAUCUCGACAUCGCCUUUAUCUUCUGGCAACUGAGCAUGAACAGUCUGUUACCGCUCACAGUCAUCAUUUGGGAAGGCUUGUGCAAUGCCCUACAGAUGCACAUGACGAAUAUCAAGAUUCACGCCCUGGGCUUGCAACAGAUUGGACGAGUCUGCAAAGCACUGACAGGCGCAAUGGCUUGCUUCUGGGUACUUUUGUUUGCCACUGUGUGUGCUGUGUUUGUUGCUCCCCAAUCAUCUUUCACCAUGUGCGCUGACAAGGCCAGUCAAGCAGCUCUCAUGCUUGCUGCAGCUUCGAGCAUGCUGGUGAUACUGGGUCAGCUUCUGGGCUUGUGUUUUGCAGCUGGCAGAGCUCUGCAUGCUGGGUGGCAGGAUGCAGACGUCAGGCAUACUGCCUGCCUCCUAUACGUCAACUCCAUGCUACAGCUUCUGGGCCCCAUGAUGAGUGUAAGGGGGGUUCACGGGUUUACCUGCUUCUACAGUGCGGAGAGUUGCGACGACCUGACAUUUCUGACGCUGGACAUCUGCUUUCAGGUGCUAAACGUGUUGCUGCUAAGUGGUCUGGUGGGGCCCCAGCGGUGGCAGGAUCCCAUGGCGGCCUUUCAGAAGCUCGCGAACCUCCAGGGUUUCGGCCUCGCUUCCAAGCGCAUCGCCUUCUCCGGACAUGUAAACGACAAUGCCAGUGACUGCAUCGUUUCUUUCCCCGGCAAAUACAGCGAGGAGUGGGACCAAGCCGUCUCUGUGGCGAAGACCCAAGAAGCCUUUUCGCUCGCUUGCGUGUUCCUCACGGACAGGGCUUCCGGACUGGGCGUCCACUGCGACAACCCCGACGACCCGGGAGAGUGCUGGUGCCGUGCCAUCUACGGGCACCUCCCUGCUUCCACCUACAUCAGCGUAGUCGACAUGCGCCCUGAGAUGCAAAGUUCCGAAGCCAAGAUCGACUUGGAGUUCAAGCUUGCAGACGCGGAGGCCAUGGGGCAAUGCCUGGUCAUUCGAGAUGCGCAUUGCGGCGAAAUCGAGUGGCAGCGGAAGCUCGCCGACGCCGAGGAGGACGCCCGCGCCCGCUGCGCCGCAAACCAUGGCCGAGCUCCUUGGGGCUGUCGAUGGUUCGAAGACUGGAGGAGGAACGUGCACAAGGCCGUGGAGCUCAAGCAAACCCUCCACGUCUUCUACUUCGAGGAUCGGAAGGGCCGCGGCAAGAUGAGUUGGGAUGAGCUUCCUUCGGAGGAGGUGCAAGCCAAGGCGCGAGUUCGGCAGCAGAGUGGGCUCGGCGCCUCGCAAACCGCGGAGGUUGCCUACCUGGACAAAGAAGGCAUUGCCUACGUUGAACACGACAUCCGUGAGUUUCAGGAGCGGUUUAAGAAGAGUUGCGGCUCAUUCAAAAAGGGAGCGUCUCCGAAGAUCUGGCACGCACAGCUUGCGGUGGUUCUGUAUACACUUGCCCGUGUCGUCGCCAACUUGACUUCUGUGCGUCUCAGCGCAGAGGGCGUAGAACGAAACUGGUUCUCUGCGAAAGCACUGAUUUGCGAUGGCGUGGUAAGGCCCGUGGCUGGUGGCUGCGGGAUGUUGAUUUUGCAUUCUCGCUUUGAGCGAUUGUCGGAGCCAUCGUUGUGUCUCUGGACCCGAGGGGCCCUGUACUGCCUCGCAUCUUGCCACUGUGACGUUGCCGUUUUUCUGUGGGGAGGCGCGAUGACCGCGCCGAUGGCAGCAUUCUCGAUCUUUGCUUGGGAAGGCUGUUGUCAUGCAAUACAGAUGCAGAUGUCGAAUCUCAAGCUGCAUGUGCUGGGCCUGAAACGACUUGCACGGGUUUGCCAGGUACUGACAGGCAUUAUGCUGUGUGCGUGGGUGUUUGUCUUUGUCACUGUUUAUUCCGACAGGGCGAUCGGGCGUUGGGCUCCUAGAUGGCGGAUGCGAUAUUUCGCUAUCUUGAUCGCUGUAGCCUGUACUGUGAUGGGGUUGCUGGUUCAAUUUCUUGGGCUGUGUUUUGCAGCUGGCAGGGCUCUUAGUUUCGGAUGGCGCGAUUCUGGGGUUGGGCGUGCUGCCAGCUUACUCUAUGUCAACGCCAUGUUGUUGCUUCUUGGCCCCUUCAUGAGCAUCUACGCUACUAAUGGGCUUCUUGAAUUUACCGGCAUGACGCUGAUGACGGUGGACAUUUGCUUUCAAGUUCUGAACGUGCUGCUGCUGAGUGGCCUGGUCGGGCCUCGGCAGUGGCAAAAUCCUAUGGCUGCCUUUCAGAAGCUCGCAACACUCCAUGGCUUCGGCCUGGCCGCAAAGCGUAUCGCCUUCUCCGGGCACGUAAACGACAAUGCCAGUGACUGCAUCGUUUCUUUUCCUGGCAAAUACAGCGGGGAGUGGGACCAGGCGGUUUCUGCGGUUAAGACGCAAGAAGCUUUGUCACUCGCCUGCGUGUUCCUAACUGACCGAGCAUCCGGAUUGGGUGCGCACUGCGAUAACCCCGAUGACCCGGGACAGUGCUGGUGCCGCGCCAUUUACGGUCACCUCCCUGCUUCCACUUACAUAAGUGUUGUCGACAUGCGACCUGAGAUGCAGGCUUCCCAAGCCCCAAUCGAAUUGGAGUUCAAACGAGCAGAUGCACUGGCGAUGGGGCAACGCUUGGCAACUUGGUUCGACAGCAGUGCUAACAUUCGUCGCCUCGAACCCACUGUCAUCCGAGAAGAGCACUAUGGUGAACUGGAGUGGCAGCGGGAGCUCGCCGACGCCGAGGAGGACGCCCGUGCCCGUUGCGCCGCACACCAAGGAAGGGCUCCAUGGGGCUGCCGCUGGUUCGAGGACUGGAGGAGGAGCCUUGUUUUUUGA